AUGACUUCGACCGGAACAAGGACCAAAGUCCGUCCGCAACAAUCGUGCCUUAAGUGCCGCGAGCGCAAAGUGAAGUGCGAUCGCAACAUUCCUUGUGAGGCCUGCGUCAACCGAGGCAUUGAGUCCGAAUGCACCUACCUGACCUCCGCCGAAGACCGCGCACAGAUCAGCCAAGCCGAAAUUAUCGAACGUCUACGACGAGAAGUCGCCCAACUGCGUGAUGAGUUGAGUCAAAGCUCGGGGCGGAGUCCAAGCCCAAUUCACCGUGACCGAGUAUAUGCCGACAGGAAAAAGGCACCCGGUGUGCGUGAGCGCUUUGGAGUUGGACACGACUCUAUGAAUACCAUCUCACGGGCGCGAGGGCCAGGAUCGAGAUCUGCGACCGGAUCAGCCGAGCCUACAGAUCUAGCCAGUUGUGCCGACUCCGCCUCCCCAUCAUCUCUAUCCACGACGACGGGCACCAGUUCGGUCACUGUCACGAGUCCCGAGAGCACAGAGAGUGAAGGCGGGGCGAGUGGCUCGGGCUUUUUCCCGCAGUACGCGUAUCCAGGCGUAGUGGAUGGAUAUCCGACCCAAAUGGCCGACGUCGAAAUGAUGGCGACGACUGAUAGUGCAGCAAUGAACCACUGUAUGUCCCAGUCAUUCUGCGUGCAGGUGCUUCAAAAGAGCAGCCUGCCUUCCUCUCCGGUUUUGUCGCUAUUUAGCGCAUGUUUGCUUCCUACGUCAGACCGAGUUGGAGUGCUUUUCUCAGGCUUGAUCACUCACCUUCCCUGCUACCUAGAUUAUGGUGAUAAAUCAACGAUACAGUACCUGUCGAAGGACGUGCCAUCGUACUCAUUCAAAGAUCCUGAACAAAUGACGGUACAUCAUCAUCCGACGCAGAGUCUGUAUCCAACCUUCAAUGAUCAACUCUUGGAACGGACUCCGUCGGGUGUCCAUCCAAACCAGCAAGUUCAAGCUCACGGACGCCACCACUAUAACCCAGCACCAUCCCACACCUACGAGUAUACUUCAUAUCAAACCCAGUCGGGCUUUCAAUAUCCUCCAUCGCAUGACUUUAUAGCCUCCUCGAAUUCCUUAUCCUUACCCGGCCACGGUGUCCCCGAAUUUGGCAAUCAUCAGGCCUGGACUCACGAUCCCGGCCAUAUCCUCAUAUCAAGCCAACGACUAUCAUCACCCAUGGCCCCAUUUCAGCACCCGUCAACACUGAGCGCAGGCGGAUUUACCGCCCCACCUUCUACAACGACCCCAGUCCACUUGGCAUCAACGUCAACAUCAACAUCAACACCAUACCACUUAGACGCCCACGGCACGCCUUACCACCCAUCUCAACCCUACAUCUACCCUGCUCAUGCGACAGAAUACCAAACUCGCGCAAUGGACGCCAUACCAGAAUCGUGGAAGGGGCCAGACAAGCAACCGCUGCUAGAAGCUCUCCUCGAAACAAUCACCAGCUGUGACGAGCAACGCGUUGCGCAGGUCGUGGCUGUGAUUCGCGCGAGCAGUACCCCCGAGGAUGCCGUCUCGGGAAUUUGCCGAAUCCUUGGCAUUAGCGGAGACUGGACGUAG